AUGAAUAUUUUUCUUGUCACUAUUGAACAAUUAAAACAAAAAGUAAUAUUAAAAUGGAUACCAGAUGGUAGUAUAAAAUUAUCUCAAAAUGUUCUGACUGGUUCGUGGUUUCCUCAAAGUGAUAUUUUAGCUCAUCCAAAUGUCAGACUUUUCAUAACUCACGGAGGAUUACAUAGUUUAGAGGAAACCGUUUAUUAUACAAAACCUAUUGUUGCUGUACCAUUUUUUGGUGACCAGCAUUUCAACAUGAAAUUAGUAGAAAUUAAAGGCUACGGUAAACUAGUAGAUUAUUUUGAAAUUACUGAAGAAUCAUUUGGAAAUGCCAUCAAAGAAGUAUUAUCGAAUCCAACGUUUAAAAAUAAUGUAGAAAUCCAGAGUCGUAUCUACAGAGAUCAACCGAUGAAACCUUUACAACGAGCUGUCUACUGGAUUGAAUAUGUUAUUCGGAAUGGAGGAGCUGGACAUCUAAAAGGUGACUCCGUGGGAUUAAAUGAUGUGCAGUACUUUUUGUUGGACAUAGUAUUUAUUUUACUGAUUUUUAUUGUAUGUAUCGUUUGGUCAUGUUAUUUCUUUGUUGUGAGAAUUGCAUCUAAACUAUAUUAA